UAUUGCCAAGAAUCUGUGCUGAGAAAUAAAUUCCCACGAAUGUAAAAGUGUGUUAAGAAAAGACAAAGUGUCAGGGGAAUUAGAAGCCAGCACUGUGGACUCUCUGACGGACAUGCCAUUUGCUACUGUAGAUAUUCAAGAUGAUUGUGGAAUCACUGACAUACUUCAAACAAAUUCAAAGAGAAGCAAAGAAAAUGAAGGCAUCAAGAAUGAGCACAUAAAGAAGAGAAAAAAACCCUCAAAAGAUUAUCAACCCAACUAUUUCUUGUCUGUUCCGAUCAUCAACAGAAAGAUUACAGCAGGAAUUAAGGUCUUGCAAAAUACGAUACUACAACAGGAUAAACGACUGGCCAAAGCCAUGGUUGGUGAUGGUUCCUUUCAUAUCACCUUGCUGGUGAUGCAGCUAUUGAAUGAAGAUGAAGUAAACACUGGUACUGAUGCCCUUUUGGAACUGAAGCCAUUCAUCGAGGAAAUCCUUCAAGGGAGGCACCUGACUUUGCCCUUCCAGGGGGUUGACACUUUCCGAAGUCAGGUUGGCUUUGUGAAGUUAUUAGAUGGAGAUCAUGUUAAUACCCUUACGGAGAUAGCAGAGACUGCAAAAAGGAUAUUUCAAGAAAAAGGCAUCCUGGCAGGAGAAAGCAGAAGUUUUAAGCCUCACUUGACCUUUAUGAAGCUGUCAAAAGCACCAAUGCUCAGGAAGCAGGGAGUGAAAAAAAUAGAGCCCGAAUUGUAUGAACAAUUCGUCAACCACAGAUUUGGAGAAGAAAUUCUGUAUCGGGUAGAUCUCUGCUCCAUGCUGAAGAAAAAGCAAAGUAAUGGUUAUUACCACUGUGAGGCUUCCAUUGUGGUUGGUGAGUUGGGAAGCCCAUCCUCCGCAGUCCUACAGAGAUACAGCAAGGAUAGACCCAACGGGCCGAGUGGCAAGAAGCCAGUUGGGAUCCAAGACUUAAUUAAUGAAGCUUUGCACCGAGAAAGGAUGGAGCUGAAGUCCAAAGUGAAACAAAUCAAGGAACUUUUGCUAAAGCCUGAGACUCAGGCCAUGAUUAGGAAGGAGCUUUUUGAAGGAAGAGUUCUUAAUGACAGUAAUCACACAAGCGAUGCUGAUUCCAGCAUGACUUUGCUGUAGCUCUCCGCUGCGGUUCCGGCGGUGGAAAGUUUCUGACUCUCAGCCCAGUCCAUUGAUAGCCCUUUGGUAAAUAACCAAAGGGUUCUUACAGUGUCUACACAGCCCACGAACCAACAUUUGGUAAGGAAUUAACAACUUCUUGCCAAAGAAAACGUAUUUUUGCCUUAUCAUCAUCAUCAGCUAAAGUUGAGUUUUCAAAUGUUUGUUUGGGUGUUGUUGACUCAUUUUAUAGAAAUAACUUCUUAAUUAGCUGUUGUGAGAUGUUCCAUGGGUCCUCGCAGAUACAAACGUUGACUAUGAAAGAUCCUUUAUAGUCAAAACCAAAAUGAAACCAACAACAGUAUUCUAAGGGUCGCCUGCCUCCUGUUGAUAUGGCCCUUUUCUUACCAGCGUUGUCCUGGUUUGUCCAGUCUCACAUCACAUUUGAUGACAAUUUGAAUGCUUAUUGAAUAUCAGUACUUGAAUGAACAUUUGUAAAUGUAAUCAUUGCAGUCACUGGUUAAGAAUUUUUUUAUAAUAUCCACAUGUAUUAUUUUUCACUGAUGAAAAUGUAGUUUGCGUUUUCAUUUCUUAGUUAGCAAAUGUUCAGUGUUUUUAUUUUCUCCUUCUGUGAAGAUGAGCCCCAAGUCUCACUGCAGUCUUCACAGUUUGGAUAGUUUGCACUGGUUCAUUUUCAAAAGAGCAUUCUUAAAAUGUUUCUCCCCAUGUGAUGUUUAUUUGUAACAGCUUUUUCAGUUGUCAUUUAAAAAUUGCUGCUACUAAUAGAUGAUGGGGGAAGGAAAUGAUUAGAGAUCAAAUGUGUAAUCAUCUCACUUACACAAUACAGUUUGCUCAUGGAUUUCUGGCUAUUUUUUCACUGGGUAAAUGAUACUACAUUAAUUCAUAAUGUAAAACUUUAUGAGUUCCUACAUUCUCAUGCCUUUUAAUAAAUGUACUGCUUCCCCUGUU